AUAAAUUAAGAAAAGUACACAAAUAAUCUGGUAUUGUGUAAAAUGUUGAUGAUGAAACGUACCUAUCUAUAAACUUUAACGAACUGAUGUGGCAUGAUGCCAAUGUGGAUAUAGAACACUGCCCUGGGCAGGUUUUGUAAACACAGAAAUGUAAAAACCAAGCCAUUGGUACAAUAUAGUAUUACAAACUAUACAGGGUAAACAGCAACAACAACACAAGCAAGGAACUGCUAAGAGAAUCAAAAAUUAUCUUGAAGUCAUGGCUAAAUCACCAAUCACAGACUACAGCAAGAAAGGGAAGCCAACGCUUGUCUUUGGACGGAGAGGAUUUUCAGAAGACUCACUUCACCAUCCUUUGGGACUAACAAUCACUAAGGACAAAAACAUUGCCAUAGCAAACAGUAAAACAAAUGAAAUCAAAGUGUUUUCUCUGACCGGUAAAUUUGCCUCAUCAUUUAAACUUCAUAGCGUUAACCUAAUGGUUGAUGUUGGCGUCUCUGCCGUGACUACCAACCAACAUGGUAACUUGGUCGCUAGUUACACAGACAACCACGAGGUCCAGAUGUUGAUGGCUGGUUCUGGUAAACUGAAGCAAACGAUGAAGAUGGACAUGCAGAACAAUUUCAAGCCUUGGGGUGUGGCAUGUGAUGAUAAAAACAUAUACGUUUGCGACCGCCAGAAUUCUUGCCUUCGUGUAUUCACUGUGGAUGGCAAAUAUCAGAGAGAUAUUGGCAGGAAAGGAACCGGUGAUGGAGAAUUCAUGGAACCUGUUGGUAUCGCGAUAAUGCCGAAUGGAAAACUGGCAGUGACCGACUUUGAAAACCACAACAUACAAAUAUUCAGUGAUCAGGGAGUGUUUUGCUGUACAUAUGGUACCGAAGGAGAUGGACCUGGUCAAUUUAACCAGCCGAUGGGAAUAGCAGUAGAUCGUACAGGCUUCAUAGCCGUAACUGAGUGGAAGAACAAUCGUGUCCAGGUUCUUGAUGCUAUGGGAAAUUCAGUGACCACCUUUGGACAACAGGGAUCUGCAGAAGGGGACUUCUUCUCACCGAGUGGUAUUGCUAUCACACCAAAUGGCCAAAUUGUUGUAGCAGAUUUCAACAACAACCGAAUUCAAGUCUUUUGAAUUCAGAUUCUCUGUUACUGCACUAUAAACCAAACACUCCUUUUACAAACUUUCAGAAAACAAGACCUCAAUUAAUUGGUUAUUAAUUGUGAUUUUUCAAAUAGAACUUCAUUGCCACUGGUUAUAAGUACACAAGCAACGAAGCAGUAAAAUUAUAGAAGUAAAACUAUGCAUUUAGAGAGAAAUAACAUAGAAUCAUCAAAAUAUUUUGGUCAUCUCUAUGUUAUACUCUAAUGUACUAUUAAUAUAACAAUUUCAACACCGGUAAUUUUCAAGCAGAUUCUAAUCCAGCUUCAGUGUUAUUCAAAUAGAAAAUAAUUGUUUACUUUAAUAUUGAUUAUUCAGCAAAAGUGAUCACAUACUCGGUAAUAUGGUAUAAUGUACAAUAAUAGUACUAAGCUAUGUAAUCAAAUUGUAAUAAAUAUUCACAAAAAAUCUCCAGGUACCAAACAUUAUUAUGCAGCCUUUAUAAGGGUAACAGAUUUUGCUAGAUUUCUGAAAUUUUUACAACCAUGUAUAUUAAUGCUGAACAAGCAAUAUAACCUUAAUUAUCAAUAUUAAAUGCAGGCACUGUUUACUAUCAAAAAUAAAUGAAUUUUCUAAUCUGUAAACAACUUAGCAUUUAUAAGGGUAACCGUAUACAACCAUUACACAAUAACAGAUUGAAAAAUAGUGUUAUUUACACCAAAUUUAUUAAAAAUAUAAUUUCCUACCAAUUUUAUGACAUUUUUUUGUCAUAUCUAUAUCACAUUGAAUAUGAUUAUUGUCCUUACAUAAUAUUUACUGUAUAUUAUUAUUUCAUAUCAAUCACAUUUUAGAAUAGAAAACAAAAUAUGCAUAUUAUUAUUAUUAUUAAAGGAAAGAUACAUGCUUAUCUUCAGGGAAUGCUCUAAAAUGGCCAUAUAAUAUGUUAGUCGCAUACAAUUUAUCUAGUAGAGAAUUUUUAAGCAUGUUACAACGAAACUAAAGUAUUCUUGUUAAGUUGUGACAGACAAAUAUAUUAUUAAUUAACUUACUGAUGAUUAUGAUUAUAAUUUUGUAUUAUUUCAGCAAAUUUUUAUUAUUAAUCAUUAGUAUUUCUUGUACCAUGCGAUACUGUACCUUUUUAAAUUGUAAUAUUUGCUGCCAUAUCUUGGGGUGUUAACAUGAGGACUUAUGGGUAAAAGGGAGAUAGUGAAGUGAAGGGUGCUAUAUUGGGGUCAAGUGCUCAUAUUCACCCUUUGACUCCGUAUUAUACUACUGUGCUGUAGUUUUUGACUGAGUGCAACCUACCACUAUGUAAAAACCACUAUUUAUUACCAUCAUGGUCACUAUUAUUUGGUAUUAUUGUAAAUAUUAUUAUAUUAUCAUCAAUACAAUAUUAAUAAUACUGUACAUUAUUGUGUAUUUAAUUAGACAUUUAGCAACCAUAGAUUAAAUAAAAAUAAUAAAUUCUACAACCAAUAAAAAAAUUAUGUUGAUCAUUCAAUUACAUAAGCAUUUGCAACAUAGAGAAAACAAUAAUUUACAGCUAAGACUAGGCUUUGACACAUAUCACCACAGCAAGAAAUUUGCGAUGAUGAUAUAUUUCAAAGGCACAGAAGAAUAAAUGUAAGCUCAUAAUCCUUUAUAAAUAAACAUAUUAUUAUUAUCAAUG